AUGACGUUGCUUUGCUGGACACGCGCCAUCGCCUACGCGCAGCGCCCGUACUCGCAUGUUUCAUGGACGCCAGUGUCGCCAAUCGCGACUUUGGUGCGUACCUACGCCACCAAGAAGGCGUGUGCCAACUGCGGGACGCCGAAUGCCACGGCCUCGCUGCAGUGCAAUAAGUGCGACACUCUCCAGCCACUGCCACCGUCUGUGGAUUAUUAUGAUGUUUUGGGUAUUCCAUGGGAGAGUGUGCCGCAUCAAGGGUGGCAGGUCGACCAGAGCGCCCUCAAGGCCCAGUGGCGGCGCACGAUGGCCUUGUCGCACCCCGAUCGGCUCGUGCACAAGCCAGACAACGAACAGGAGAUUGGCGCACACCAGAGUGCGAUUCUCAACAAAGCCUAUGAGACGCUGCGGCAACCUCUACCGCGGGUCCUCUACUUGGUGUGUAUUGACGACUUACCGCAGUUGGAAAGGCAAGGCAUCGAGGGCAUCCCGGAGGGUACUUCCAUGGCAGACCCUUCGUUGCUGAUGGAGGUCAUGGAGCUGCAGGAGGCCCUUGCUGAUGCAGAGGACGAAGCGGCGGUCGAGCAGGUAAAUGAGGCAAACCAGGAGCAUAUGCAGGACGUCCUUACCCAGCUUGAUGAGGCAUUCGCUCACACACCGCUCGAUACACAGCGUGUGCAAGCAUUGGCCAUGCAGCUGCGAUAUUGGACCAACAUUGCGAAGGCGAUUCGCGAAUGGCAACCGGGCAAGCGCCCCGAGUUGCAACAUUAA